AUGGAUAAUCACUUUUUAAUUGAUUUUAUGAUGGGUGGUGUUUCCGCCGCCGUCUCUAAGACCGCCGCCGCUCCAAUUGAAAGAGUUAAGCUUUUGAUCCAAAAUCAAGAUGAAAUGAUCAAGCAAGGUAGAUUAGCUAAGAAAUACGACGGUAUCGCCGAAUGUUUCAGAAGAACUGCUGCCGAAGAAGGUUUCACUUCUUUCUGGAGAGGUAACACUGCUAACGUUAUCAGAUACUUCCCAACCCAAGCUUUGAACUUCGCUUUCAAGGACAAGUUUAAGAAGAUGUUCGGUUUCAAGAAGGAAGAAUCUUACUGGAAAUGGUUCUCCGGUAACUUGGCUUCUGGUGGUUUGGCUGGUGCCACUUCUUUGGCUUUUGUCUACUCUUUGGAUUACGCUAGAACUAGAUUGGCUAACGACGCCAAGUCUUCUAAGGGUGACGGUCAAAGAGAAUUCAACGGUUUGUUCGAUGUCUACAAGAAGACCUUAGCUUCCGAUGGUAUUGCUGGUUUGUACAGAGGUUUCGGUCCAUCUGUUAUCGGUAUUGUUGUCUACAGAGGUUUGUACUUCGGUUUGUACGAUUCCUUGAAACCAGUUGUUUUGGUUGGACCAUUGGAAGGUUCUUUCUUAGCUUCUUUCUUGUUGGGUUGGACUGUCACUACUGGUGCUUCUACUGCUUCUUACCCAUUGGACACUGUCAGAAGAAGAAUGAUGAUGACCUCUGGUCAAGCCGUUAAGUACAAGGGUGCCUUUGACUGUGCUAAACAAGUUAUUGCUGCUGAAGGUGUUGCUUCCUUGUUCAAGGGUUGCGGUGCUAACAUCUUGAGAGGUGUUGCCGGUGCUGGUGUUAUCUCCAUGUAUGAUCAAUUGCAAGUUAUCAUUUUCGGUAAGAAGUUUUAA